AUGCAGUUUUCUCCUCCUCCCGAUGUCGAUGCUUUGUCGACAAGACUCCCGCCGUUGAAUCACCAUGACAAUGACAAGAUGCUGCCGUCACUAAGCAGCGUGACCGGAGUCCAUGCGUUUCGCGGCGACCAUAUGCUCGAUCAACAGAACCUCACCUCACAACCGCCUCAGUGGCCUCCGCUGAACGGACCUUUGGCAUAUCGUCAACCACCUCACCCUUCUACUCAUCGAGCCGACAGUCCCGCCACUAUGGACCUCGAUGGCAGCAACAGCGUCACCAGCGCACCGUCGCCAGACCGCCACAGCUCGAACAAUAGUCUAAACCUGGACGAUCCCGAUGUGCGGCUGGCUGCGGAAGCGCUUGGCGACCUACGAGCAGACUUCGUCUCGUCGCCGCCUGAUACAGCUAGCCUUGCUCCGUUGAGCCCGAAGAUAAAUGGACACCACAGAACGCCGUCAUCCUCCCUACCUAGAUCCCCUCAACCCGAACCAUUGUUGUCUCUGUUAACAACAGCUCAUCCCUUUGUGGCCAGUACCAUCGGCGGCGCCAGUUCCGCGUAUGGCGGUGCAAAGAACUUCUCCCCGCGGUUCAAGUCCGGCGCAGAAUACGUCGAAGGAUAUCUGACGCCGCUUGCUAAAACGGUGAAUUCGGUCGGUCGAGUCACCGGUGUUGAAGGGGGCGUAAGGUGGUUCUUAGGAAACAGGCGCCAGCAGAACUCAACGGAUUCUGAGACCAAUGGUAACUCUAAGAAACGACGAAAAGUUGGCGAAGAAAACGAUGGUGCCAACAAAAAGAGCAAGGAUAUGACAAACGGUGACACGGACAUGUCGCCGCCCACACCAAAGAGCGAGCGAAGAUUGUCGUCGGCCAGCACCGUUGACACCUUGCCAGCCUACGACGAAAUGAGAUCACCAGCGUAUACGGAGACGGCGUCUAAUUCACAACAAGCGCCACGCUCCACCUCGUCCAACGCUUCAUGGCAAUCGCGACUCAUCAUGUCAACGUCAGGGUUGAGUGUUGCCAUGAGUGCUGAAAGUUUAAGGAGUUUAAAAUACUGUCUCAAAUGGCUUCGCUGGACAAAUGAUCACAUGAACCAAGUCAUCGGUAAUUUGAAAACUACUUUGGAGGAAUAUGAGAAGACAACUGCUCAGGCCCAAAUUGAAAACCCGGAAGGGAGCGAAUCGCAAAUCGAUGAUGGAGACGGGACAGGCAAACCUAAUGGCCAGUCCAACAGACAAACUCCAGAGCAAGCGCGCACCGAGCUAACCAGCAAGAUCAAUACCUUGAAAGUCGAUGUCCUGAAAACCCUCCAAGAGACCAUCAACACUGUGUCAAAGUAUGCUGGCGGCGCCUUGCCCGAGAAUGCCCGUAUCCUGGUCCGCCGCCACCUGACGAGUCUACCACAACGUUUUCGGCUAGCCAGCAUGUCAGAUACUGCUUCCGAAUCGGGUGACAAAGAUAGCGACUCCGCAGUUCGUGAAGGUGCUCAAAAAGUCAUGGUCUUGGCAAAGGAAGGUUUGGAUAUGGUGACGCAGAUUACUGGUGUCUUGGACGGCACCAUUGUCAGCGCAGAGCAGUGGUGUGAACGGAUGGGCAAAAGACGACGGCCGACAAACGACAGUGACCAGCUUGAGUCGCCUCGACUCGAAUCGCCCGCGACCACUGUGGAGGCUAACGGGGAUGUCAAAAUGGCUGCUUAA